AUGCCUGAUAGUGUAUUUUCUUUCUUUCUUUCUUUCUUUCUUUCUUUCUUUCUUUCUUUCUUUUCGUCUCUUUUUUCCUUUCUUUCACUGAUUUCUUUUUCUCGCAUUCUAAAUUGUCUAAUAUUUUUCACUGACUUUCUUUCUUUGUUUGUUUGUUUCUUUCUUACUUUCUUUCUUUAUUUCUUUAUUUCUUUAUUUCUUUCUUUAUCAGUUUCAUAUUACUUCUUUUUUUUCUAUUUCCAUAAUACCUUUUUCUCUUCCCUUGCCAUCUUCUCUUUCUUCAGAUAUUCUAUAAUCUAUCUAUCUUUCUUUCUUUCUUUCUUUCUUUCUUUCUUUCUUUCUUUCUUUCUUUCUUUUUCUUUCGUUCUCUUAAUCUUUCUUUUUUCCUUCUCUUCUUUCUUCUAUUCUGUUUCUUUAUCUUUUCUCUUUUUUCUUCUUUUUUCUUUUUCUUUCAUUCUCUGCAUUCUUCCUAUUGAAACAGUUCUAGUCUCUUGGAGGAAUUUCUUUUCUCUUUUUUUCCCUUUCACUUCCUUUCUUACUCUUUCCUUCUCACUUCUUCUCAGUGUUUGUUCUCUCAAUUCCUCUACUCUCAUUUUAUUUCUAUCUAUCUAUCUAUCUAUCUAUCUAUCUAUCUAUCUAUCUAUCUAUCUAUCUACCCCAGUCUCUUUCUUUCUUUCUUUCUUUCUUUCUUUCUUUCUUUCUAUCUAUCUAUCUAUCUAUCUAUCUAUCUACCCCGGUCUCUUUCUUUCUUUCUUUCUUUCUUUCUUUCUUUCUUUCUUUCUUUCUUUCUUUCUAUUUAUCUAUCCACCCCAGUAUCUAUCUAUCUAUCUAUCUAUCUAUCUAUCUAUCUAUCUAUCUAUCUAUCUAUCUACCCCAGUCUCUUUCUUUCUUUCUUUCUUUCUUUCUUUCUUUCUUUCUUUCUUUCUUUCUUUCUACCCCAGUCUGUUUCUUUCUAUCUAUCUAUCUAUCUAUCUAUCUAUCUAUCUAUCUAUCUAUCUAUCUAUCUAUCUAAGUCUUUUCCUAUCUGUCUAA